UAAAGUUGAAUUAACAACUCAAAGCAUACUUUUCUUGAGCCUUUCCCCAUCAUAACCCCACCCACCCCAACACCAAAUUUUCAGCCAUCAUUUCUCAACCAUUAAUCCCCCCUUCCAUUUCUCCAUCUUUCUUCUUCUCUGAUUCUUCACGUAAGCAUCUCUCUUACCAUUUCCUCUCUUCCUCAAUCUCAUCUUCCUCGUUAUAAAUAUUUGCCCAUAUAUGCCGCAGGUCGAUCCGGAUCUUCUCCUUGCGCCGAGCGAUUGAUUUUGAUUUCAUCCCCAAAACCAAAAAUCAACCGCUCUCGCGAAAAAACUCGAAUUCGAUCUCGUAAUCGUUCCGAUUAUAGCAUCGAAAAUGGCGGAGGAGCAGAAAUGUCACCAGGCGGGAGGAGGGCACCGGCUCUGCGCGAACAAUUGCGGGUUUUUCGGGAGCAGCACGACUCUGAAUCUGUGUUCGAAGUGCUAUAAGGAUCAUUGCGUGAAGGAGAAGCAGAUGGAAGAGGCGCACCUCGUGAUGGAAGGAUCGUCGCUGUCUCUCCCGGCCAAAAGAUCAUCCCAAUCUUUUUCUUCUUCGUCGUCUGCUUCACCGUCUUCUUCUUCCUCUGUUUUGCUGGCCUGUGAAAAUUCGGCGGCGAAAGAGGUUGAGAUGCAGGGUGGGACUGGAUUAGCCGCGGUUGCGCCAGCUGGCCCGACGCCGAACAGAUGUGGGACCUGCCGGAAGCGAAUCGGGCUGACAGGGUUCAAGUGCAGGUGCGGGAUAGCCUAUUGCGGGACCCACAGGUACCCGGAGCAACACGGCUGCACGUUCGAUUACAAAGCUCUGGGGAAGGAGGCGAUAGCCAAGGCUAACCCAAUCGUCAAGGCUGAGAAGCUUGACAGGAUCUAACGGCUCAGGCAUGGGUGGGUUGAUCGGACGGUGUAGAGGUAUGGCAGCUGGUCCAACCCGAUGAUGGUGAUGGAUCAUGUGGAGUGUAUGCGCUGUGGAGUUGGUUGAUAAUUGGUAUGUGGUGGAUGGGUGGGGGUGGGGGCUUUGAUUAAUAUGUUGUUGCCUCAUGGUAUGUUGUAACCAUCAUCAUCAUGUACUAAUUAAUGUUGCUUCCAUAAUACGGAGUUAUUGUUAGGACACUUUGUUCUUUCUUAUCUGUCUUCGGUAUAAUUUUUCUUUACCUUUCUAGAUUAUGUCAAAGUGGGGGCGGAUAAACGGCAAACGAAUCGCAAUUCGAAUCGG